GGGCUUGCCUUUGAAAUGCUCUGUCUGGGGCAUCUCUGCCAGGCACCUUUCUGACACACACAAAUUUCUUGUCCCAGAUGGACGCAGGAUCUGCCAUCAAAGCUGCCGCUGCAGCAGCAUCCUCCGAAGAAGCCUCCUCUCCGCAGCCCGAAAACCCGAGCGUGAGCAGUUCGGCCCUCUCAAGCCGGGAGAAAGAGAAGCAGUUCCUGAGGCUGCUGAGGCGUGUGGUGAGUGUGGGAGAUCCAGAGAAGAAGUACACUGGAUGGAGACCUAUUGGCAGUGGGGGGUUUGGAACCGUUUAUAAGGCCUUCAACGCUGCCACAGGACGAGCGGUGGCCAUAAAGCAACUUAAUCUCCAGUGCCAGGGCUGCGAGGAUGUGUUGAAGGAAAUCCUGGUCAUGAAAGAAUAUAAGAACCCCAAUAUUGUCACCUACCUAGAAAGCUACCUUGUCAGUGAGGAUGUCCUGGUGGUGUUGGAGUAUAUGGAUGGAGGCUCCUUAGCUGAUGUGGUCAGCAUGAAAAGGAUGGCUGUAGGACACAUAGCAACAGUGUGUCGGGAGUGCCUGCAAGGCCUGGCUUUCCUUCAUGCCAACCAGGUGAUCCACAGAGACAUCAAAAGUGACAACAUCCUUCUGGGCCGGGAUGGCUCCGUCAAGCUGGCCGAUUUUGGCCUCUGUGCUCCGUUCAGCCCUGAGCAGAGUAAACGGAGGUCGAUGGCUGGGACCACUUGCUGGAUGGCACCCGAGGUGGUGAGAAGAGAGCCAUACGGCCCCAAAGUGGACAUCUGGUCCCUUGGCAUUGUGGGAAUAGAAAUGGCCAAAGGAGAGGCUCCUCCGGCACGUCUCCUCUGUGGACUGCUCCUGCCUCCCACGUGGCCAUGGCUAAUAGGUACAAGGCUCUGCAAGUGGAUCGAAGAAGGUGGGCACAUCUGCUGGCAGUACAGGAGAGCAGAGAGGAAACAGCCUGGCAGGACCCUGGCCAGCAAGGCAAGGCACCCGCUGGACCUGCUCUUUGUCAACAGAAAAGGACUGCCCAGCCCCAGACCUAGGGAUCAGACGCAGGCGCUGCUGCUGCUGCCACUGAAGUCAGCGAGGAUUUGGUGGUUGGUUUCCAUCCCAGCAGAACUGGUCACUUAUGAAGCCGGCUGCUGA